UCGCGCAGCACUCCUCCUCCUCCCCCUUAUCUUCUUCCUCCCUCCUUAUCUGUUUUGUCCAUCACAUACACCCCGUUUCGCUCUCCUUCCCCCCUCUCCCUUUCCAGAGCUUCUCCUCCCGACUACCCAUUUGGACAUUGCCUCCCUCCCUUCUCUCCUCGUUCGUCCAAAUGAGGAGCGAAUGAGACCCACCCAUCUGGGAUUGAAUGAGGAUUUGCGGAAUCUCGGGGGAAGUGCAGAGGAUGUCUUCGUGCCUGCUCCCGCAGUUCAAGUGCCAGCCGGACACCUUCUCCAUUCAGUUCAGGACGCACGCCCAAAUUGUUUUGCAGAGAAAAAUAGAGAGACUACUUAUUUCCGAGCACAAUGUCUAUUGUCCGCCACGUCUCCAUCGACAUUGUCAUCAGCUGCAACAGCUGUCGUCCUUGACAUGGAAAAACUGAGAUUGCCUUCUUUAGAAGUUCUUACAGAUUCACCAACUUCAAACAGGCCUUGGACAUAUACAGGGGCAGUUGGUCCACCUGCAGAGGUAAAUCUUGGUGCAACUUUAGCUACAGAAACACUUUUAACAAGUGAUGAGGCAGUAAUAGCUGCAGCUGCUUCUGAAGCGGUUACUCUUGCAAAGGCAGCUUUGAAAUCUGCAAAACAUGCGGCACUUAUGAUCAGGAAUGAAAGUUCUUCAAAUAUUGAUAAUAAGCUUGAACUUUCAUCCAGAACAAGUACUUCUCUUUCAAAGCAUGCUGAACUGUUGGAGCUAGAACAUUCCAACAUUUUGACAGAAUUGAUGGAACCUGAGGGUGGGCUAAGGGAAGGAAAUGUCAUGCAGUACUCAACAGACAAAUCUGAAGAUCUGGAGCCAACCCAUGAAGAGCUACAACUUCUGCAAGUACAGCUCUUCAAAAGCAUAGCUGUAAGAUCACGGCGGCAAACGGAAAGGAAAGAAAUAAGAGAAAGAGCAGCGGAAAAAGCAGCUGCUAAUGUAGUUUCUGUGAAGUCGGGGUCUCUUAGUAAGAAGAAACGUGCAGCUUUACAAGAAGUAGAUUACUCUGAUCCGUUGCGCUACUUGAGAGGAACCACUAGCAGUUCCAGGCUUCUUACUGCCACAGAAGAAACGGAAUUGUCAGAAGGAAUACAGGAUUUAUUGAAGCUGGAAAGACUCCAGGUGGAGCUAACCGAGCGAUGCGGAGGUGAGCCAGCCUUCGCACAAUGGGCAGCUGCUGCAGGAGUUGAUCAGAAGACUCUAAGGAAGCGUUUGAACUAUGGAAGACUUUGUAAAGACAAAAUGAUCAAAAGCAACAUAAGGCUUGUUAUAUCCAUUGCAAAAAAUUAUCAGGGAGCUGGAAUGAAUCUUCAAGAUCUUGUGCAGGAAGGAUGUCGUGGUUUGGUAAGAGGUUGUGAGAAGUUUGAUGCUUCAAAGGGGUUCAAGUUUUCUACAUAUGCUCAUUGGUGGAUAAAGCAGGCAGUUCGAAAGUCUCUUUCUGAUCAGUCCAGGACAAUUCGUUUACCAUUCCACAUGGUUGAGGCAACAUAUAGAGUGAAGGAGGCAAGGAAGCAAUUGUACAGCGAAAAUGGAAGACAACCGGACAACGAGGAAGUAGCAGAGGCGACGGGGCUAUCAAUGAAGAGGCUUAACGCUGUUCUCAUGACACCUAAAGCUCCAAGAUCUCUUGACCAAAAGAUUGGAAUCAAUCAAAAUCUCAAACCUUCCGAAGUGAUAGCCGAUCCCAAUGCAGAAACGUCUGAAGAUGUGCUGUUAAAGCAGUUUAUGAGGCAGGACCUGGAGAAGGUACUGGACACCCUCAACCCGCGAGAGAAGCAAGUGGUGAGGUGGAGGUUCGGCCUCGAAGACGGGAGGAUGAAGACGCUGCAAGAAAUCGGGGAGCUCAUGGGCGUGAGCAGGGAAAGGAUAAGGCAAAUCGAGUCGUGCGCGUUUCGCAAGCUCAAGAACAAGAAGAGAACUAAACAUUUGCAACAGUAUGUGCUCGCAUAGGCCGAGCAUCGGGCUUCUCAAAGUCUGUGCUCUCUCGUUUUACUUUCUUUCCUGUCCAUAUCUUUCUCAUUUUGAUUUUCGGCUAUAUAUCACAUAUUUUCUUCUUCUUGGCUGCUAUACCAACGGUGAAUCUGUCAGAAUGCACCAUACUUAAAAUUGUUGUAGGAACACAAAUUCUUAGGUGAGGAAAUUUUUUGGUACAUUUUGAUGAUUGUGUCAUGUUUAUAUCUUCCAAGAGGAGGAGAAACGAAGUCACAAGUCAUCCCCCUGUUCUGAUGA